CCAUGGAAGUGCGUCAUCACGCGUGACCUUGCCACUCUUCUUCUUCACCUGUUUUUCCUAGCUGGCUGAAGAGAGUGGACGAGCAUGGCGAGUAAAGAUCCCGCAGGUUUUCUGCAGCAGCUUCGUCAGAUAGCGUCCCGGAUGUCAGCUGGAUCUCGAGGAGCCGGAGUGGGUCUGAAGCUGCUGGUGGGAGCUGGAGCUCUGGCCUAUGGAGUCAAGGAGGCAACAUACACAGUUGAAGGAGGACAGAGAGCGAUCGUCUUCAACAGGUUUGGAGGGAUGCAGAUGGACACCGUCCUCUCUGAGGGACUCCACUUCAGGAUUCCCUGGAUCCAGUAUCCCGUCAUCUACGACAUCAGAGCCAGACCCAGGAAGAUCUCCUCCCUCACCGGAAGCAAAGACCUGCAGAUGGUGAACAUCUCUCUGAGGGUUCUGUCUCGGCCGCUGGCGUCCAACCUGCCCAUCCUCUACCAGCAGCUGGGCAAAGACUACGACGAGCGCGUCCUGCCGUCCAUCGUCAACGAGGUGCUGAAGAGCGUGGUGGCCAAGUUCAACGCCUCUCAGCUCAUCACGCAGAGAGCGCAGGUGUCCCUGCUGAUCCGCAGAGAGCUGUUUGAGCGAGCGAAGGACUUCAACAUCAUCCUGGACGACGUGGCGAUCACCGAGCUGAGCUUCAGCAGAGAGUACACGGCCGCCGUGGAGGCCAAGCAAGUCGCCCAGCAGGAGGCGCAGCGAGCUCAGUUUUAUGUAGAGAAGGCCAAACAGGACCAACGGCACAAGAUCAUCCAGGCUGAAGGAGAAGCUGAGGCUGCAAAGAUGCUGGGUCAGGCCGUGACGAAGAACCCGGGUUACCUGAAGCUCCGGAAGAUCCGGGCGGCGCAGAACAUCGCCAAGACGGUGGCGCAGUCCCAGAACAAGAUCUACCUGAGCGCUGACAGCCUGGUGCUCAACCUGCAGGACAAGGACAACUUCAAUCUGUUGCUGGGGAAGUAGAGAGGACGUCUCAUCAUUCCUUCUCCAGAGACUCGUCUUCUCUUCUUCACACCAGGUUUCUGUGAAUCUUCUGCGUUUACGAACCACAACAAACAGACUCUGACCUGCGGAGUUUCACCACCGAGGAUUUUAUUCUGAAAGGUUCCUCUGGUGUCGGUAAAGGUCUCGAUGCGUCUUUUCUUUCUGUUAUAAUAAUCUGUAGAAACACAGAAACAUGUCUUCUUUGUGAAUAAAAGCAGUUUCCCUCGUU